AUGACGAUGUUCGAGAUUCUUUCAAGAACAUCGCUAAAGACUCUUGACGCAAUACGAUGUGCUAACAAAGAGUUGGAUACCAUCACAUACAACUCGUAUUUUCUCGAAUUGUACAAGAAAAGAAAUAACAUUGUUUCUGGUUUUCUUGUACAAAACUUGAAAGGCUCUAUUCGAUAUGUCAACCACUUUGUACCCUCGCCUCAUUCUGAAACUAUCGAUCUACGAAAAGUCCUACCUCGUGAUGCUCGUAUUCUUGCAAGUUCAGAGCAAGGAUUAAUAUUCAUUGAGGGCAAAGAUCAUUUGAACCCUAACAAGGCUUUGUACCAAGUUUGCAAACCGGCUACCCGACAAUCUUUGGAAGUACCAAAUCCGAAUUUAGACUAUGUUACUCAAAAGGCCGCAAUCGUGAUCAUGGGGCUGAAGCCGUUGCGUUUUAAAAUCGUGAGAUUAUCUCAACCUUUACCAGGAAAAACAAAGUAUUAUUAUGAAAUAUUCAACUCGAAAACAAAAGCAUGGAGCCGCCCAUAUCCAAUAACAAAGUUUACGGCGGGCGCGUUCCUUCUUGACGAUGCACAAGAGCCCAUCACCACGGGUGGUUCAAUCAACAUGCUACUAAACAACAACAUAAUACUGAAGUUUAAUGUAUAUUCGGAGGAGUGGAAAGUCUUUUCAUCUCCAAUAAUUCCAGCUCAAAAAUAUCAGGAUUACACUUGCAAAAGGCUUGUAAAGUUUGAAGGGAAAUUGGGGUUCACUUGCAAGUGA